GUUGAUUAAAAUUUUCAUUCAAUGUAAUUAUGAAAGAAAAUUUGAAGCUUUUAGUAAUCUUUGUGACGAGUCUGCGAUGUCGAUUGUUCCCGUGGUGCAAGUUGUGCUUAAUUUAUUGAAUCGAAAGAAAAAUUCAGUAAUAUUUGUUGUAGUGGGUUGAGAAGUCAUAAUAAAUUUUGUUUCUGGGGAAAACAACAAGACAGUUAAAAAUAAAAACGGCAAAAGUUCGGUUUUUCGCCAAACAUAAGUUUUGACCGAGUGCCAAAAUAAAGACGCGAUCAUUGCCGUGCGAUAAGGUUUGAAACGCGUGUGUGUUUGAAAUUCUUUAAUAAUUAAUUUGCCGCUUGAAGCACAAAAUGUGAUGUGACGUUUCAUUGAAAUCGGUGCAUUUAAAUGUGAUGUGAAAGAUCUUUGCGAAGUAGUCAAUGGAUGAUAGAAAGAGUUUCCCAAAUGUGUUGCACUUGCAGAGACGUUAGUAUGGAGCAGCCGUACAUAGUUCAAGCUGAGUACUCAUUUCGCGGCGACAAUAACGAUGAAUUAUGUUUCAAAAAGGGUGAUAUUAUUACGGUAACACAACGUGAGGAGGGUGGCUGGUGGGAGGGAACUUUAGGAGAUAAGACGGGCUGGUUCCCAAGUAAUUAUGUGAAAGAGUACAAAGCAUCCCUUCCGCUAUCAGAGACGAUCCGGCCACCUGAAGAGAUUCAAGAAUACCGGUCGGUAGUUUUUAAGGAUUUACUGGAGAGUGAAAGAGCACAUGUUGCUGAAAUUCGAGGAUUGUUAGAAAAUUUCCUGGAGCCCUUGGGUUCAAGUCAACUUCUCACACCUGACGAAUAUUCGCAGCUCAUGUGCAAUUUCGUCGAAGUCGUCGAAACACAUGAAGAAUUACUUAAAGGCCUUGAAGAAUGCAACGAUCGUGUCGGAAAACUGUUCCUAACAAAAGCGCCCCUCAUGAAAUCUAUCCAUCAAGCCUACUGUGCAGCUCAUCCACGUGCCAUUGUGAUUCUCGAUCGAUACAAAGUUAAUCUGUCUACUUUUCUCCUUCUUCAACUUCUUCACAGAAAUGAGUUAGAGUCGUUCAUGGAACGACAAGGUGCCGCGUCACCCGGUUUAUUAGUAUUAACGACAGGACUUUCAAAACCUUUUCGACGACUCGAUAAGUAUUCGGCAAUGUUACAAGAGUUGGAAAGGCAUAUGGAAAGUUCUCAUCCUGAUCGUGGUGAUACACAACGUAGUGUCGCUGUGUAUAAGGAUAUUGCUGCAACAUGUUCUGCAACUCGCCGCCAAAAAGAAUUGGAACUUCAAGUUCUAACCGGUCCAGUACGCGGCUGGCAAGGUCAAGAACUUAGUACGCUAGGUGAUAUCAUUCAUAUGGGAAGUGUUGCGGUUGGUCCCGACCAUCGUGAUAGAUACUUCGUCCUGUUCCCGCAAACGUUGGUAAUUUUAAGCGUUAGCCAAAGAAUGAGUGCGUUCAUAUAUGAGGGAAAACUGCCUCUGACUGGUAUCAUUGUCAAUCGAUUAGAAGAUACAGAGAACUAUAAAAACGCCUUUGAAAUUAGCGGCCAGUGUAUUGAACGAAUUGUUGCUGUUUGCCAAGGUCCUAAUGAAGCCAACAAAUGGGUGGAAUUAUUGUCAUCAAUAAAUUCUUCGGUUCCAAUAAACAUAAAAAGAAACAUAAGUGCAUCGGCCAUUAAUACACCCCAACCACCACUGCAUUCUUCUACACAUUUACUCGAUUCCCGAGGCUACUGUACACGUUUCUCCCUCUGUGCAUACAAUCUUCAACAAUCCCCAUGUUUUGCUGUUACACUCCCACCCAGACAUUAUCCUGCCGCUGCCCCGUACGCAGCUUUAACGGAAUAUUUCAAAAAACUUGUACGGCAAGGUGUCUUACGCCGUUUUAUAGUGAAAGCCUUAUUAUAUCCUGAAUCGAUACGUAAUAUUUCGAGUACGGGUAGCGUCACUUAUCGUCAGAAGAAAGCAACAGCUCACCUUGAGUACAAUAAAUCGGGAUCAAGCGAUCGGAGUCGGUUGUCACGACAGGAUGCAUUUGAAAUUCCUUCAGACUCUGGAAGUGAUAUUGAAUCGUGUGAUAGUAGUCCUUUCGGUUAUAUUAAGUUCUAUACGGGCAAGAAGUCAUUAGAUAGGGAUACUGAAUAUGAGACAUUUAUAGAUUAUGGUUCAGAUUGUGAUUUAGUGGAUCGGCGUAAGCAGCAGACGCAUCGGUCAAGUUUAGAGAUUAAGAAUUUAAAUAGGUUUGAGGAGAAUCCUGGUAAUGGUAAAGCACAAAAAGAUUCUAUGAUUAUUGGUUCAAAAGCGGUACGUGCGCUAGAGAAAAAAGGUUCUUCUGGAGAAUCAAUGAAAAUUCACACGUCCACAGCUCGGCUUAAUAUUGGUCAGUUGAAGGAGCAAUUUUCAGAGCAGUCAAAUUUACCGAGUUUCGGCGGUGGUAUAUCUUGCAAUUAUGUUGCUUGCGAAAAUUUGGCAGACAUGGAUGACGAAGCAGCGAUUAAAAAGACAACAGAAGAAGCGCCAGUUCCUGAUGAACGGCGAAGCAUGCCGACUUUAUUUGUAGGGAAUCGUUUCAAUAACUCUUCCAUGACCGAAGUAUAUAUUCCAUCGUGGAAAGAUAAGAAUGAAAUGCAAAUGCAAAGCAUGGAUCAGGAUACGAGUAGCAUGUCAGUGCUCAACCCCGACGAUGAAGACGAAGAAGAGGAAUAUCUCAAUGAUGCCUCUUUAGCGACGCAUUCCAGUUCAAUUGAUCUCCCAGCUUUAGUGCCUGCCCCUGACCAGUUAUCAGCGGAAUUGUUGUAUAAUUUUCCUAGUAAUGAUAAUGUUAAUCAAGAAUAUGAUUUUGACACUAUAAUUCCACCGCCCGCUAUGUUCAAAAAUAGCGCAGAUGAGGCGGCAUCGCGACGACUGAGCUUGCGUCGUGAUCCUACUGUACCGUUUGGAAACCAUUCAUUAAAUUCCGAUAAAAGGAUUGUUAGUAAGUCAGAUAAGCGAUCGUCAGAUGAAACAAACAACAGUAGUCCGAAUAACAAUCCUCAGAGCGCAGUUCGGCGAUGUAUAAGCUAUCAGUAUUUACGACUAGGUACGAAUCCGGAAAGUAAUAACCAACCCGACAAUGAACGAAAACGGAAACCAGGACAUUGCAAAUGUUGUGAGAGUUCUCAAUGUCCAAGUCCACGAUCAAGUGAUUCUGGUAUGGCGGGCAGUUGCACAAUAGCUUCCCCUGAUCCACCGACAGUAGCUGAAGAGGCCGUUUACUAUGCGCCUGAAUCAGAAUCCGAAGAUAUACGGGGACGAACAAGUGACAGGCGAGUGAGUCGCUUGCAGCAUUCACAAUCUAGUCAUAAUCUGCAACGGUAUGGUGUUUGCGGAACAUUCCGUAACAAGUUUUUGACAUCACCUCAAUCUCAUGAUGACACGCGAAAUAGUCGGGCUUACAGUGGUCGCAGUCGAAGUGCUGAACGAACAGUUCAUGUAAACACGAAACGCAUUAUGAUUGGAUUCGCGGAUUCGGUUGAUAACGAUGAACAUGUUGCCGAAGAAUUAGAAAACGGGGGUAUGUUUAAAACGGGAUUGUAUGCACAUUGGUGGAAGAAAGAGAAAUUGCCAAACGCAUUACUGCGAGAAAUUGCUUAUGGUUUUCGUAAGCCAUCAUCACCGAAUUGUCGCAGUUCUCGUAUUAAAGAGAGAACUGUCGCUGAGGCGCAAGAUGAUUCAGCAUCGUCUUCAUCGAGUGGUUGGCGCAGGGGCUCAGAUGUCGCCGCCCGCGAGUUUAGGUCACGGCACGGCGUCACUGCAUCAGCAACAGUCACAACACAAACGGAGUCUGUCGUUCAAUCACCAUCUCAGUUACAAUCAAUAUCACAAUCAUCAACCACAACAACUUCAUCAACUUCGUCAUCAGCAACACCAACAAAAUCAACAGCAACAUCAAGUAGGCCACAAAUCAAAUUUAGCCCCGAUAUCGAGCUUAUCAAAACCGGCGAUGGGAAAUCAUCAGGGAGCGGUGCAAAGCGGAAAGAUAGGAAGCACAAAAGCUAAUUGGAGUAUAACAAAUCUACGACCAGCACCACCACUUCGACCGAAUUUCAUCAACUUAUCAUCGGCUGUUGGUAGUUCCGGUGCUUUGGCAAAUUAUUCAAGUCGUAAAAUCCAACCAACGUAUGAAGAAGAU